AUGGCAGAAUCUUCACCACCACGACUAAGGAGAGAUCGCUCAAACAGCAUGGAUGUACCACCUAAGUUCACACGUGAUUCCAGCAACAUCCUGUCUGAAAAUCAGCUGCUGUGUCUCAUCUGUCUGGAUGUGUUUACUGAUCCAGUUACAACUCCAUGUGGACACAACUUCUGCAGGAGCUGCCUUACACAACACUGGGAUAAGAGUCCACAAUGUCACUGUCCAAUAUGUAAAGAGAAAUUCACCAAGAGACCUGAACUCAAGAUCAAUACAACACUGAGGGAGGUUGCUGAUCACUUCAAGAAGAAAAGUGAAGUUGAUAAACCUGAGGUUCUUUGUGAUGUCUGCAAUGGAAUGAAACAGAAAGCUCUGAAAUCAUGUCUGGAUUGUGGUGUGACUUUCUGUGAGUCUCAUCUAGAGCUUCACAUUAAUGUCCCAAAAUAUAAGAAACACAAACUCAUAAAUCCUGUGAAGAACCUGGAGAAAUAUAGAUGCCAAAAGCAUGAGAAACCUUUAGAACGGUUCUGUAGAGAUGAUCAGAUCUGUGUCUGUCAGUGGUGUAUCGAGGCAGAUCACAAGAACCACAACAUCAUUCCUAUAGAGGAGGAGAUUAAUCAUAAGAAGACUCAGCUGGGUCAGACACAGACGGAGGUGCAGCAGAUGAUCCAGGAUCGACUGAAGAAGAUCAAAGAGAUCAACCACUCAGUAGAGCUCAGCAAAAAAAACACAGAGAAAGAAAAAUCUGACAGCAUUAAAACCUUCACUGAUCUGAUUCACUCCAUUGAGAAGAGUCAGACUGAGAUGCUGAAGAUGAUGGAAGAGAAGCAGAAAGUCGUAGAGAAUCAGGCUGAACGAUUCAUUAAAGAUCUGGAGCAGGAAAUUACUGAACUACAGAGGAGAGAAACUAAGCUGGAGAAGCUUCUGAACACUGAGGAACAUCUCAACAUUCUACAGGUUUAUCCAACAAUCUGCAGCCCUCCAACCACCAAGAACUGGACCGAUAUUAGUAUCAACACUGAUCCAGAUGUGGAGACUCUGAGAACAUCUCUCUCUCAGCUUCAGAAAACUCUGGACGAGAAACUCAAUAAAACUCUGGACGAGAAACUCGAUAAAAUUCUGGACGAGAAACUCGAUAAAAUUCUGGAUGAGAUGUUUAGAGAAACAGGUGAGAAGUUUCCCACAGAACUGAAGAGGAUUCAGCAGUAUGCAGUGGACGUGACUCUGGAUCCUGAUACAGCAAAUCCUUAUCUCGUUCUGUCUGAUGAUGGAAAACAAGUCACAUAUGGAAACACAAACCACAAUCUCCCAGACACCCCAAAAAGAUUCUCCAGAUACUGCAUCAUCCUGGGAAAGCAGAGUUGCUCCUCAGGUAGAUUUUACUAUGAGGUGCAGGUCAGUGGGAAUACCGAGUGGAAUUUAGGAGUCGCCAGAGAGUCUGUAAACAGGAAAGAUGAGAUUAUACUGAGACCUCAGGAUGGACUCUGGACUGUAAUUCUGAGGAACAGGGAGUAUAAAGCUUGUGCUGAUCCCUCUGUCCUCCUCUCUCUGAAAGAGAAACCUCAGAAGGUCGGAGUGUUUGUGGAUUAUGAGGAGGGUCUGGUCUCGUUUUAUGAUGUGGAGAACAGGGUUCAUAUCUACUCUUAUACUGGUCAGAUGUUCACUGAGAAACUCUUUCCAUACUUCAGUCCUGGUAAUAAUGAUGGAGGUAAAAACUCAGCACCACUCAUCAUCAAUCCUGUAAUAAAGAUUCAGUCAAUUUUACUAAUUGAUGAAUGGGAAGAUUGA